AUGAGCGAGCUUUUCUACUCUCUCCCUACUUGGGAUCUGAAUCUCCAUAACCUUGGAUCACUCUUCAAUUUAGAUGCAUGUGGGCACAUUGAUGAAUCGCCGGAGCAGAUAUUCCGUUCUCCGGAGAUGGAUAUCGGCGACGUUUCCACCGGCUACCUCGAAGACGCUCUCAUGGAAUUUAGUGUGAGAAGCAAACGGAGACGUCUCUCGUUCAACGCCGAUGACAAACCAAAUAACCACUUGGACAAUUCUCAAAAUAACUGGGGCCUGUCUGAGAAUUAUAGUUGCACGAGUAGUCAGUUUGCAGAUGAGUCUCCUCAUUCAUCCAUCAAUAUCUCGUCAGAUACUUCAAAUGAUUCCAAAAACUCUUCCGAACCAUCCUCGUCCACUUCAAAGAAGAUUAAUGACUAUGACAAGAAGAAGAGAGUGGUGUAUCCAUUUGGACUAGUGAAACCAGGUGGUCGAGAAGAAGAUGUAACCCUAAAUGACAUUAAUAAGAGGAUUCUCAUGCCAUCGGCUCGGCCGGUUCGGCAUCCGGUUGGAGACUUUGCGUGCCGUCCGUCUGUCUCUGCACAUGGACCGGGGUUAUCAGGCAAAGCCGUGGUUGCGUUCACGAAGAUACAAACAUUAGGGAGGGGUACAAUUACCAUUAUAAGAACUAAGGGGUGA